AUGGCUGAGAGAAUAUUGAGUACUUACGAUUCAAGCAUAAACGAUGAAGAGGAAGAAAUUGAGUUGAAAAAAAAAAUAGGACUUAAAUUUGAAGAUUUUUUAACUAUUGAUCCGGCCAAUUGGAAUAAUCACGAGGACUACAUAAUAGGAAAAAACAUUAUAAACUCACUAACAGUCGUGAAUGAUACAGCUGAGAGGGGAGUCAAGCUUAUAGAAGAAUAUAACAAGAAAUUUACAAAAAAUGAAGAACAAAAACAACAUGUAUUACAGACUGUUCAAGAUUACCGGAAAAAAUAUCUGCAAAGUGACAGACAAACGCUGAAGAAACCAUUUUAG